UCGAAACAAGGGAAUGUUAUCGUACAUCAUAAGAUUGAAUUAUUUAAAUGUCGACAUAUGAAUUCCUCCUACAUGAUUAACAAUUCAAUAUUCUCUAUGAAAGAAAAAUUCACAAAAUAGUUACACAAGAUUUGAAAACAUCCAGCUCUACUAUGAACCCCACACAAAUUUAAUUGAAAACAAGAAGACAGCUGACGGCGCAGUGUUGAGGAGCAGUGCGCGGGAAACCUGUUGACAUUCGAGGCUCAGUAUGAGAGGAAGUGUGUUGCUGAAAUAGCCCUGACAUUUACCUCAACAUGGACGAAUUUCCAGACAUAGAGGAUGAAUUUGAGGCUUUGCAUGCCGAGGAGAUGGAGGUGUUGCGGGAACUGGAAGGGUUUGAUCCUGAGGAGGCAGCUAUUGAAGCUGCAUCCAUCCCACCCACUCACAAACGCAGCCUUGACUUCACGAGUCCUGUGGCAGCCCCAUCUCCACCCAUCAAUGGUGUGGGGAGGGAUGUGAGCAAGAAGUUGAGUCAAGUGACCACUGUUGGUGCAGAGGUGAGCCCAAUAACCAAUGUGGACAGGGAGGAAAGACAGGAAAAUGGCAUGAUCAGCAAGAAGCGAGGCAUAGAUGAAGGACUACUGGAGGAGCUGGAUCGCUGCUUGAGUGACAAUAGAAAGAGGCACAAACCAUUGCUGCCAGAAGUUGAUGUAGGCCUGAGGGAUCCAACAGUUGACCUGGUUGCUCAUGAAGCCGACUUAGCCCUCAUUGAUCGGAUUGUAGAGAUGCGGCAGAUUGAGGAAACUCCUGAGCUCACCGCCCAGAUCAGCACUGUGGUUCCAGUCAGGAAAAAACGCUCCACCAUCCAUCACCGGCUGCCAGAUGGAGCAUUCCAGGCCAUCACCACAGAGACAGGCCGUCGCUUCUACCUGAACUGCAUAGAAGAGGAUGAGUGGGACCGAGGUGUGGCAGCAGUGGCCACCAGUCAGCACACCACCUGUCUCCUCAGCACCUCGUACUCCACACUCAAGGCUCAGGCACGGCUUGAGCAAAUUCGGCGAGAUGCUCUGCAAGCGAGGCGUCUUGAGAAGGAAGAAGACUCAGGCCUUGAGUCUGGGACAGAAGAUGAUGGCAAUAACAAUGAGGUGCUUUGGGUGGAGAAGUUCAAACCAAGGCGAUACCUCCACCUGCUGAGUGAUGAGGCCACCAACCGCAUUGUUCUGCACUGGAUCAAGUUGUGGGACAAAGUUGUGUUUGGCAGAGACAUGAAAUGCCUUAAGAAGGACCAGAAACUCAAGAACAACAAAGGUAAACCCAAUAAAUUUCAGAAGGGGCCUGAGGUCAUUCAGGAAGUAGAUGAGCAUAAUAGACCAAUGCAGAAGGUGCUAUUGCUGUGUGGUCCACCUGGGCUGGGCAAGACCACCUUGGCACACAUCACCGCCAGCCACGCUGGCUACAAUGUAGUGGAGAUGAAUGCCAGUGAUGACAACUCACUGGAAAUCUUCCGUACUCGCCUCGAAAAUGCCACUUCCAUGCAGGCUGUGCUUGGACCUGACCCUCGCCCCAACUGUCUGGUCAUUGAUGAAAUUGAUGGCGCCCCUGCGCCCUCCAUCAAUCUGCUGGUAAACAUGCUGAGUGGAAAGGACAUACGCAAGAAAGGCAAGAAACUAAAGGGCCCCAUCCUGCUGCAGCGGCCUGUCAUCUGCAUCUGUAAUGAAUUGUAUACACCAGCACUGCGUCCCCUCCGUCAGAUGGCCCUCGUGGUGAAAUUCCCACCAACACACACGACAAGACUAGCUCAGCGGCUCUUUGAAAUAAGCCGAGAGCAGCGCUUGAAGGCAGACCUCUCGGUGUUGAUGACAUUGUGUGACAAGACUGAGAAUGACAUCCGCUCCUGUCUGUCUGUCCUUCAGUUUGUCAAGAGUAACAAGAAAAACCUCUCCAUGCUAGACAUCAGUAGUGUUUCUGUUGGCCAGAAGGACUACAAGCGCUCUCUCUUCAAAAUUUGGCAGGAGAUCUUCUCCAUCCCCAGACAGAAGAGGAUCAGACACAAUCCUCUACAGGAGACACCAGAGAGACUGGCACCCAUGCCAGACCUCAACAGUGAUGUGAAGAAGUUUGGAGAAGAGAACGGCUUAGCUUUCAGAUUUCAGCACAUUCUUAAAGUCACACAGCAUGCACCCUAUGAGAAAGUAAUGCAGGGCUGGUUUGAAAACUACCUAAAUCUCAAGCAGUUCACCCUCAUGGAAUCUAUCACAUCUGGACUGGAGUGGACUCUGUUUGUUGAUCUUCAAAUGAAAGAGAUCAUGCACAGCCAAUCCUGGACAUUGAUGGCUUACUUACCCUUUGCCUGUGUCUCCCAUCACCUCCGGUUUGCCUCCCUUAGCUGGCCCAACAUUCAGUUUCCUACAUGUAUGGCAGAGAUGCAACAGAAGCUGACCAAGAACCAGAACUUGUUAUCCUCUAUGGUCAGUGAGAUGAGUCCUUCCAACCGAGCCUUCACUGGCAAUACCCAACUUGUGUGUGAUGUGCUACCCUUUCUCAUUCACAUCAUCCAACCCACCCUGCGUCCUGUAAGCACUCAGUUGUACAGUAAGGAGGAGCAGCAGGAGUUAGCCAACCUUGUUGAUACCAUGAUUGGAUACAACCUAACCUACAUACAAGAAAAGGAUGUUAAUGGACUAUACAGUUUCAAGUUGGACCCAGACAUUGGAGAUAUUGUACUUUUUGGUGACUCCAAGCCAGCAAAGGAGUUGUCCUAUUAUUCCCGCCAGCUGAUUGCACGAGAAAUUGAGCUUGAGAAGGUGCGGCGGUCAGAGGCAUACUUCAAUGAUCAGGUUACCAAUGGUAGAGUAAAGGUGGUCGAUACUGCAUUUGAGUCAAAGCAAGCUGUCACUCAGGAUACUACUGUCCAGCCAUCAGCAGAUAAACCCUCCACUGCCCAGAAUCCAUUCCUUCCAAACCAUAAACAAAAGUUACAGCCUCUGAUGAGUGGCAGCAAAGAACUGGAAGAAGAAAAACCACAGGCCCCUAAAGACUUCUUUGGAAGGACUGUGAAACAGGAUAGCAAGGGACAGAAUACUGGGGCAGCAAGCAAGACUAUGCAAUCAGAAAUUUGGUUCAAAUUUAAUGAGGGCUACUGCAAUGCUGUGCGGAAGACUAUCAAGAUGAAAGACUUGGCCAUAACAUGAGCAUGAGAGUUAGCCAUCAAAUAAUAUAUACCUUAGGAAUCUGUUUAAAACAAAUGUGUGGCCUUCUUGAGGAAAUGAUUGCAGUGUUGAAAGGGUGAGAGGAAGUUGGACUAUUCAUUCUUAGCUUGCAACUAGAGUCUCGCCUACUUUUGUAACAUUGCUGGUGGGACUGGUUCUUACCUCUCUGCUGGCUUAGUCUGUGGCUCAGGCAGCCUGUCUCCUGUUUAGUGCUUAUGCUGGCCUCUUCCCCUAAUCUCCCUUAGUUUGUGCAACACUUAAUAAUAAUAAUUAUUAUUAUUAUUAUUAUUAUUAUUAUGAACACAAGUAGAUGAUGACAAGUAUGCAUGCACUUUAACAUAAUUCCAGGAAACAAAACAACAACAUAAACAUUUUCAACUGUGUCUUAUUCCUUGUCAACUUUCAAUUUAUUUUACCUUUGUGUAAUCAACUAUCAUCCUCCAUUUAACAAUCAAGAAAUGAAGAAAGUAUUGCACAAAGUAGAACAUUUAAAGAGGCCAGCAUCUGAGCUAGAUGGAAGACAAACUGACUGAACCAUGGACAAACAAGGCUACAAGGGCUUGUAGCCUUGUAGCCUUGUUCCAACAGUCCAACAGUGAUGAGCUUAGCAGCUUAGACUUCCAACUGCAUGCUAGGAGUAAAUAGAUUAUAUAGGCUCUCAGAGGACAAGAAAUAUAUUCAAACAGAAGAAAAUGAAAGUCAUUCAUGGAAACUACAUACAAAAAACUUCCUACCACCAAGGUAGUAUGUAUGCAGAUUUUCUUGGAUCUCUUGAAAUUCCUUUUGCAGCCAAUGUAUGUAAUCUUUUUACAUGGUCACAAGUGAACUUUGCUCCCAACAUACCCAUACCACCUUACUUUACUUAUAGUCAGUAUUCAAAAUUGUUGCACUUUCAGACAUUCAUUUUGCAUAAUGACCUCAUACUUAUAUAUGAUCGAUGAUGUAUUUAUAUAUUCAGACAUUUGUAUAGAAAUUUUAAUAUAUUAUAAUUGUGAUAAUCUU